UUCAAUCUAGACAACCAUAUUAUCCAUUAACGCGGCUUCUUCGAAAUGGAAUGCAUGCACGAAUUCCUGUUCACCAAACUCGUACCAUUUUGAUUAUAAUCGUGCAGGUAUAUUAAACAGACAAAAAUAUUAUUGGAGGAAAUGCAGCCGAUUGCCAUGUUAUUAUUAGGUUUUAUUAUUAUUCAUUGUACUUUUUUAAAUUAUGCUGUAUAAAUGAAUGGACAGAAUGUAAACUACAAUAUUAUUUCCCAAGUUAUGGAAUUCUUUCAGUCUAAGCACAUGUGACAGUAUUACGUAACAGUUUCACGUAGAAUACUAUCAAUAUGAGUGAGUUUUCAUUAUGCUAAUCACGGUAUUUUCAUUUACGUAUAAAUACGUGGACACUCAACGUGUGGAGUUACUUUAGUUGAGCUCGAGCUAUAGCAAUCAUGAAAUUUGUCGUCCUGUUUGCCGCACUGGUGUGCGUAUCUACUGCCUUUCCUGAAUUCACGGUGGAUGUGUUAAGGAAGGAGUUGUCUGCAUUCGGGAGCGGUAAUGUUGAAUCAAAUGUAGUUGAAUUGGCGCGGUCACUUAAUCUGAACACCCUAGUUGAGCUGAUUACCAAAGCAGAUCUCACAGAAAUGCUUACCGGGACAGAUGGCCUUACGAUUUUCGGGCCCACUGAUGAUGCAUUUGGUAAGCUUCCGCUAAAGGUUAAGGAGGAACUGGAAAAAGAUAAGAAUUUUUUGACCGAUGUUCUCCUGUACCACGUCAUUGAAAGCGAAAUAUACUCCACUAAGCUUAAAAAUGAGCUCCUUGUGCCAAGUUGUCUUGAAUCCACUUCCGUCCGCAUCAAUAUCUACGAUAAGCUUGUCCCCGAGCUUGUCACGGCUACCGGAUCGCCAAUUUCGAAACCAGACAACGUUGCCACUAACGGUGUCAUCCACGUACUAGACCGUGUUAUGUUCCCAAUUCCUUUGAAUGACAUUCUAACUUUAGUCUCGAGUACUGGCAACUUCUCAACUCUACUGAAAGCAAUUGAAGUUUCUGGCAUUAAAGAUUUACUUAAAGGUGGUCCAUACACUUUGUUUGCACCUACAAACAAAGCAUUCGAGAAACUUCCACCUGGCAAACUCGAUGGAUUGCUUGCUAACAAAGAUGAACUUCAAAAAAUCCUCUCGCGUCAUCUGGUAAAUGGCACCAUGUUUAGUGCUGCAUUAAAACGUGUUGAUAAGGUGACUACCAGGGAGAAUGACGUCGUCACAAUUGGCAUUUCUUCAAAUGGUGAUCUGUCCGUAGAAAAAGCAAACGUCAUAAUAGCAGACGCUGCUACAACCAACGGAGUUGUGCAUGUGAUCGAUACUAUGCUACUUCCUCCAAACGUAGUGUACAGUGAACGCCAUUAGUAACGGAUUUCGCAUGUUCAUAAUAUAACGUAUAGCUCCGAAUGAUUCUAAUAAAUUGUCGCAAGUCUAAAAACAAGCCUACAUGUUUUUAAUGUGUCUACAUGGUUUUUAAUGGGGUUUUUUGCGUUGGUAACAAAAGUGAAAACCUUAG